GACAUGGUCAAAGGUUGUCGAUUCUUUAUUCCGGUGGGCACAUAUCACCAGAAAAAAGGAGAAACUGCCUAGAUUGACCUGAUGUAGUAGCAAACCACCGAUUUGCAAAGAGGUCAAACAAUAAUUGCGUCGAGGAAAUGAAGAGAAGCUGCCAAGACUCGGCUCGAUUUAUAUCGCACGAACGGUGGAAGAAGACCCGGAAUUGAACGAGUCGAAUGAUGAUCAUGGGCGACCGGCCUCCUCCGCCUCUAUUCAGCCGCGGGCUCGAUCUGGCGAACUUGGCGGUGUCGUCCGGUCUUCUUGGACGUUCGUGGGACGCGGUUUCUCAGCUUCAGGGGCAAGUCGAUGCCGAGAAGCGACGCUUGUCCCCGUCGUCGUCGUCGUCGUCGUGGUGGUCCUCAUCGGUGGCGUUCAAAACGUUUCAGCACCCGGAGUACACGGUCGUCGCUUUCGAUGCCUCGAAGGUCGGCGCGAGCCGUCUUCGAGAACAGAGCGAUUUGGUUCCCUCGUCGGAGAUCCCUCGAUUCCAUUUCCUCUGCUCCGAGAACCUCCAGUCGUUCUCCGUGAACAGAGCGGCGGUUUCCCUGUUCGACUCUCUCUGCGACCAGCACGAACUCUCUGCCAUGAGAGCUCAGAUUGCAGAAUCUGCCAAGUCUAGCCCGCAUAUUAUUACCGGACACGGCCUAGCUGGAUGCGUGGCCUCUCUGUUCACGUUAUGGCUUCUAGACACGCUCGAUGCCUCAACCACUAUACGGCCGCUCUGCGUUACUUUUGGCUCGCCUCUCCUCGGCGACAAUGGCUUCCAACAAGCCAUAUCGCAGUUCUCGGCAUGGAACUCUUGCUUCUUGCACGUGGUCCAUAAGGAUGAUUGUUUCCCUAGACUCUGGCUUCCACCUGAUGGCGAGCCAAGCCUCUACGUGCCUUUCGGUGCAUUCCUCCUGUGUUCUGAGUCGCGCGGUGCGUGUUUUGGAGCUCCUGAAUCCGUGACGGAGCUGCUUGCAAACAGGAGCAGCACAGGGAGUGGUCGAAAUCUAGAGUUGCUAGGUUUUCAUUAUGGUGGCGUCAUCGAACGUCUUGAAGGCAGGUCCAUAUGCAAGGACCAAAAUUUGUUGGCUUGGGACGAACCGGAUUCAUUUAGGGCUGGGAUAAUAGCUCAAGUGACGGCAAUCGGCCUCACACAAGUUCAGCUUUCACAUCGGCCAUGGCAGCAGAACGCUAAUGCUUGGAUAGAGGGGGUCUUAAGAUCAGAAGAAGAAUCUGUGACCCGAAUCCGAGCGGCAGCAAGAAGCGAGACCUCCAGCAAAGCAAGUGACAUGGAAAGGAAAAGAUACAUGAUCAACCUCGAAUGGUAUAAGAAAAUGACGGCGUCCGAUGGUUUCGGGUAUUACGACAGCUACAAGAGCAAGCCGAAGAGGCGCGAUCACCUAGUCGUCACUGAUAAGGAGACCCUCAAGGAAUACUGGCAGCGCGUUGUCAAGGAGUCGGAGAAGAAGCCUCAGAAGGAGGGGGCAUGGCUGCGGCGUGGCUGGCUCUUUGGUGGAAACACUUACCGGAGGAUGGUUGAGCCGCUUGACAUAGCGGAGUACUAUGCGAAGGGGAAAAGAGAUUACCUAACUCAAGGAAGGUCCAGGCACUACAUUCUAUUGGAGAAGUGGCUAAAAGAGUACCCGCAGAGGCCUGCCUCGCCUAACUCAGUCAAUUCGAGACGGGAAAAAGUCUCGUCCAACAUGCUAACCGAGGAUUCUUGCUUCUGGGCGCAUGUCGAGGAGGCAAUCAUCUCGGUCAGGUCGUUGAAGAGCGGAGGACCGAACGCGGCCAUGGAGAGAGAGAAGUUGAUCAAGUUCGAGCGGUACGUGAUGAGUCUCCUCGAGAGGUACGCGGUAUCAUCCGAGAUUUUCCUGGAGAAGAGCAGCUACAUGAAAUGGUGGAGAGAGUAUCAUGAGGAGAUUCUAGGGAAGCAGAUGAUGGGAGCUUCCUAUGACUCGCAGCUUGCUCAGUUCAUGAGGAAUGAGUACUAUCACCAUUAUGCUUCAGGGUCUUUCACAUUCAAUUACUCAUGGUGAUUGACCUCGUGUCCUUUCACUUGGAUGGAUUUUUUAAUCUUCCCUCCCUCAUUUUGACCUUUUCUUUUCGGUUACUUGAAAAAUUCAGAAAUUAUUUAAUGCACUUAAGGGCCUGCCUCCCUUUUGCCCUCA